AUUCACUUCAAAUCACUUCAUUCAUUUCAUUCGUUCACUCAAUUCCAAUCAUCAAACGUAAACAAAGUAAAAUAAAUAAUUUGAAAUUUUCUAUAACAUAACUUUACUAUUUUACUAUAACCCAUUUCAAGAUAAAAUUUAUGAACCACCAACUUAUAUCGUCACCAUGACAGAAUAUUGGAAAUCCCAGGGAAGGAAAUAUUGUGAAUUUUGUAAAUGUUGGAUAGCUGAUAAUAAAGUGUCAGUAUCAUUCCAUGAAAAUGGCAAGCGGCACAAGGAAGCUGUCGCCAAGCACAUAUCUCAGGUUACCAAGAGGAGUGCCAAGGACUUCAAGCAGAAAGAGAAGAUGGAUGACGAGAUCAAGAAGAUGGAGGCCGCGGCCAUGGCCGCUUACUUGAAGGAUGUUGAGAACAAUGUUGAUGCUGACCUUACAUCACAGACCCUCAAUCAGAUGUUAAAUGAUGCUGGUGGGUCCGCACAAGGCGACACCAAGGCGCCCGCACCUAUUGUCCAAGCCAGCAAGAAACCCGUGUGGCAUGAAGUCAAGAGUGAUGAUGGGAACUACUUCUGGAAUAUUGAAAACAAUGAGACCACCUGGGAUCCUCCUGACGAGUACCUCUCUCUGGCCCAGCAAGAGGAACAGAAAAUUAAAGAAGAGGAGAAAACCAAGAAACAAGCAAAAAUAGAUGUAAAGUUAAAAAAACAGAAGCACAAAGAGAGCAUGAAAGAGGUGAAGGCGCACCUGUCCCGAGAGAGCAUGCGGUCCCGCGCGGCGCCCCCCGAGCCCGCGCCCGCCGCCGCCGUGUGCGGGCCCGCGCCCGCCGCCCGCCCGUAUGGGACUUGGACCACCGUCGUCACUGAGCCUGUGGAAGCGGUGGACCUGCAGCUCCCGAAGUCACAGCGGCCGAAGCCCCCGCCCCCCGUGGUCGUGGAGCCCGACGAGCGCCUCCAGUUCAAGGAACGGACCGUCGAAUCAUUAGGAGACGGACCCGUCGAGUUCAAGAAGCGGAAACUCGGACACAACAGGAAAAAUAUGAGACAGAAACUGGACACUGAUGACUGAUGUGAUGGUAGAGAUUAAGUUAAAUAAAUUGUACAUAGUUUUCUAA